GGGAAAUCAAGGUCCUACACAUGUGGGUGGCCACAUCAUAUGCAGAGAUCCUGCACUACGAUGAUCUGUUACCCGAUAGUAAUUCCGGUUCGCCGAAUAGGAAUCGUAUGUUCUUCCAAAUCUUACACAAUAUAUUGCUUCAUUUACAUCUGAUUAUGAGGCGCGUGCAAUGGGGGCGAUAUAGUAUUGUGUGAUCGAGAGGGCAGCUGAAAAGAUGGGGAGAGACAAGGUACUGGGAUCCUUAUGGGCUACUAUGUGGCAAGUCAUCAGCAGCGUAACAAUUUCCUGCGCAUUCACGAUGCUGCAGAUUAGUUGGUAUCUAAUCGAAGCAACCAGGAAGUUCUUAAUCCUCUGCUUCUUCUUACUGAACUUUUCCAAAGGUUACAGAUGCGGCACUUAGUGCUAAUCUCUUUGCAGAGGCGAGCCAAAGAGUAUGUGUUGUGGAGAUGGCACUGCGUCGAAUACCACUUCCGAGGGUAUUCGCUGGUUGCUGUUCAGGAGAGGCUCAGCUCUCCAUUCAUUAUGGGGUGUAUAUGUUGCACAGAGAAAGGUUGAACGCCAUUAGUGUUGGGUCACCGAACGCCUGGCAUUGUUUCCAAAUGCUUCUCCCCGGACAGGAUGAAGCCAGGUCCAGUGUACAGGCAAUAACUUACCAAAAAGGUCUAUCGACUGUGUGUUCCUCGGUGGGUGUAAAAGUGCAGCGAUCCUUGGUCCAUCAAGUGUCCAAUGGCUGGACAAUAGAAAGUCCGCGAGAAUUAGCUGCGUCGCCUUACACUCAUCCUCGGAAAGCUACUGCAGGCAAUCCCACAUCGGACAGGAUGGUUCGUGAUGCCUACACCUAAUGCAGCAGCACCUGAAGAAUUCGUCCGCGAAAGGCGCCGACAGGCUCACCGUAGCAUGGCUGAUUAUGUACUCCGUAAUCCCGUCCACCGUGGGUGGACAGGCACAGAUUUGCCCCUUGUGACAAAAGCUGAUCGCUAGUGUCAAUUAGGCUCCUGCAAUGGAAUCAUGGUUAACUGAUCGUCGUAUCCCGGCAAUAAGG